AUGAGUCAUUUCAAAGGUUGUUCUCGUCUUCCCGAAUUCGCCGUCCCGAAGAAGUACAAUCUCCGCCUGAGUCCCGAUCUAACCGCCGGAGAUUUCGCCGGAACCGUCGCAAUCGACGUUGAUAUUGUCACCGCUACUCGAUUCAUCGUUCUGAAUGCGGUUGAUCUCUCCGUGAACAACGCCUCCGUUUCCUUCACUCCUCGUAAUUCCUCUGAGGUUUCACUUCUGAGAAUCCAUGAAUUUGACGAUGAUGAAAUUGUGUUUGAAGCAGAUGCUAGGAGGUGCUUCCCAUGCUGGGAUGAACCUGCUUGGAAGGCUACCUUUCAAAUUACGGUAGUGGUGCCAAAUAAUGUAGUAGCUCUCUCCAAUAUGCCCGUCGUAGAGGAGAAGAUUGAUCGUAAUCUGAAAAUCGUCUCCUACCAAGAGACACCUAUGAUGUCUACAUAUUUGGUAGCAAUAGUUGUUGGUUUGUUUGACUACGUGGAAGAUCAUACUUGCGAUGGGAUUAAAGUCAGAGUAUACUGUCAAGUAGGCAAAGCCGACCAAGGAAAAUUUGCAUUGCAUGUUGCUGCCAAGACAUUGGAUCUGUUCAAAGAGUACCUUGCCCUCCCAUACCCCCUUCCCAAAUUGGAUAUGGUUGCAAUACCAGAUGCUGCUGCUGGAGCUAUGGAGAGUUAUGGUUUAGUUACAUACCCUGAAACAGCUCUUCUCUAUGAUGAGCAACGUUCAGCAGCUUCUAACAAGCUUACGCGUGAGGAACCGUUGCUGAACACUCCAACAGUUUCUGGAAAUGCUGGAAACAAUGUAGAUUCUAAUCCGUUUUCUGCUCUCCAUGGGGAUCAGGUGCAGCAAGUGAUGACUCUGCAGCAAUCACUUUCCAUUCGGAAUAGGAACACAAUCAGCCUGGCUUCAAGUGAGGAUCCAAUGGUUGGUGCUACUCCUGAUGCCUCUCAAAUGAACCAGUUAUUACAAAUACUAGGCUUACAUUCCAAUCCACAAUACACGAAUCAGAUCAUAAGUCUCAACCCAGAACUCCAAAGCGUGACACUGAAGCCAGGGUUCCUUCGUCUGCUUAACUCCCCAGAGGCAAUGCAGCACAUGAUGACUCUGCAGCAAUCACUUUUCUCUGGGUAUUGGAAUACAACCAGCCAGGCUCGGGAGCAAACUGGUGCCACCACAGGUACGCAAGGAGAAAUGGAGAUAUGUGCAAAUUAUGUAGUGAUGAAAAGAGAAACAGGAGCCAUUGGAGUUGUGAGUUCCGACAGACUCUCUUUAUAUCCGAUCGAUAAAGAGAAAUCAGAAGACUUUGACAAGGACAAGCUAGUGCUUGUAUCGAGAAGAGUCUCUCAUGGGAAAAUUGUGUGUUCAGUAAUGGAGAAAAAGAAGGUGGGAUACAUACUUAAAACAGAUACGAAAGUUGAUCUAGCAGCAUCUCAUGGCGGUGAUAUAAUUCACCGCGACAUAGGAACCGAGUCAAUGGAAAGGAUCAGAUGUUUAUUCGUUGGAGAUUUUGUCAUCUACGAGUCAUGGGUAGGCAUAGUUGAAGAAGUGGAACUGGAUCUUAAGGUGAAGUUUGAUGACGGUAUAGUAAGAACUUAG